AUGGCAUUUGUUGAGCUUGAGUUUUAUGAUACAAAAUAUGCUAAUGAGUUAGGAAAGGAGAUUGGAUUGCCUUCUUAUGAAGAUUGGGAGUAUGUUGAGUCUAUUCUACCUUUCUUGAGCAUUUUUUAUGAAGCUACUUUGCGCAUCUCAGGUAACUCUUAUGUUACUAGUAAUCUAUACAUGUUAGAAGUGGUAGGAAUUUGGAAUGGGAUCAAUCAUCUCCUCAAGUCCAAUGCUACAAGCAGUGCUACAUAUAAGAUGGCUGAAAAAAUGAGAAAAAAAUAUGAGAAAUAUUGGGGUGAACCUAACAAGUUCAAUAUAUUGUUGUUAAUUGUUGUUGUCUUAGAUCCUAGAUACAAGAUGAGUUAUAUGAAUUGGGCAAUUGAUCAACUUUUUGAUCCUGAAAAGACAAAUGAUGGAUGGGUGUUAAAGUCACGGCUCGAUACUUCCUUAAAGUUGUUGUUUGAUGAAUAUAAAAGUCAAAAUGGGGGAGCUGAAAAUGACACACAACAAACACAUGUUGAUGUACCCAAUUAUAAGCAUGAUCCAUAUGGUCGGAAUAAGUUUUUGCAAACAACAGGAUUAACCUCUUUAAACAAAUCUGAACUUCAAAAGUAUUUAGAGGAAGAGCUUGGUGAAACAACUUUGAACAUUCUUGAUUGGUGGAAAAUGAAUUCAUGUAGAUUUCCAAUCUUGUCAAACAUAGCACGAGAGCUAUUAGCUAUGCCUGUUUCUAUGGUAGCAUCUGAGUCUGCAUUUAGCACGGGAGGAAGAGUGCUUGAUCCAUAUCGAAGUUCUUUAUCACAACAAAAGGUAGAGGCACUCAUUUGUACACAGGAUUGGUUGAAAGACACACAUUCACCAUCAUUGUUAGACUAUGAUUUUGAAGAGCUUCAAUAUGUUGACCAAGAUAAAUCACAAGUGGAUUGA